GACUGGUGUGGCUGGUUAUAAUGCGGUGUUAAAAUGUUUAUUUUGGCGAGUAUAGUGUGGGUAUUAAUCUAACUCCUGUUACAUGUUGCACUGCCUCUUCCCUCUUUUAGAGUAAUGGAGUCUCUCUACAGGAGAUUUGACUUCUAUGACUUUAACAGCGAUGCUCGAUUUCAAGACGGUCUGAAGAAGGUAAACACACCAGCAUCUAAAGAGGAUUUGCUGAAAUUCAAGAUCUUCUUUUAUAACCGGUUUGUCGAACCAAUUCACCUCAGUGGUUACAAGGAGUGGUGUGCUGUGCAGGAUCGAUCACACCAGAUUCCUGAGGAGAUGAGAAGUGUUCAAGAUGACGUUGGCACAAGUGGCUCUAGGAAAGUGUUUCUUACACAGACAGACACGGAGGCCGAGUUGGCACACAACACCCAGCUCUCUUUUGCAGAAGUGUUUCAAAUGAUUCAAGCAGGAGAGGAGAUUCCUGGACUCCAAAAGCUGGACAUCAAACCUUGUAACCAUCUUCCGACAUCAUCACAAAUGGCAAGAAAGUUAAAACCUUGGGAGAAGUAAAAACUAAAUAAAAGAAAAGAGGAAUUAACAAGA